AUGGUGACCACACCUUCACUCAGUACACAAGUUCUGUCCUUGUUUUGUUUUGUAACCUUGAAUUGUAUACCUGAUUUGACUUUUUUGUUUUGUGGGAUCUUGGAUACAUUUCAACACCCUCUAAAUCAAGCAAAUUCUUCUAAUUGUUGCUCCUGUGUUCUUAAGUUUGAUGGUGCCUCGAAAGGAAAUCCUGGACUAGCUGGUGCGGGAGCAGUUUUGCGUGCUGAAGAUGGCAGUAUGGUCUGCAGACUUCGAGAAGGAGUUGGCAUUGCAACCAAUAAUGUUGCUGAAUAUCGAGCUGUGCUUUUAGGAUUGAAAUAUGCUCUUAAGAAAGGGUUCAAAAACAUUCGUGUCCAGGGGGAUUCUAAGCUUGUUUGUAUGCAGAUUCAGGGACUAUGGAAAGUCAAUAACCCGAAUUUGGCUGGCUUGUGUAAAGAGGCAAAGGAGCUCAAGGAUAAGUUUCGGUCAUUUCAGAUCAGUCAUGUUUUGAGGGAAUACAAUUCUGAAGCUGAUGCUCAAGCUAACCUGGGUGUACACCUCCUAGAUGGUCAAAUUGAAGAGGAUAUUACAAUGGGGAGUGCAAGUACCAGAAAGGUGAAAUGAAUGAAGUAGAUAAAAUUCCAAGAUGUUCAAGGAGUAUUGGAACAAAUACUGUAGUUAGCGGUCAUGGUUUAAGCUUAUGCAUUCUCUUCAAGCAGCCAGUUGUGCUGUUGGAAUUUCCAGCUUAAUGGGAAUUAAUUUUGGGGCUCGACUUUUGUUUCUCUGGGCGGCUGGAUGUUUAACUAAGUCUUCUAUGAAUGACAUGUAAAUCCUCAGAAGAAUUCUUCUUAUGUAACCAUGAUAAUACACAAAUGUGCAUAACUGCAUAUUGACACCAACUCCAGAGACCUUCAGUUGCAAUUUCUAGACAGCACCUUCAUUUGCAAUGUAGCUCAUGCUUUUCAUUUACACCUUAUUGAAAUAUAUUUUCAUAGUGUU